UCUAAAUAAAAGCAGCGAAGAAGAAGGACCGCUAACUGCAGCUAACCGUUUAUAACCGUUGACAGCUGUGAAGAUUGACUACGAACUUGUUACCAAGCCGACAGUGACGCUAGCUUGUUGCUAAGUGAAGUGACGUUCCUGUCACCACGAAGCUUCAACGUCAGCAGGGAUUUAAAAUUAACCUUCUGUGUAAUGCGUGCUCCUCUGCGUUGGGUGCUAUGGGAUGUGAAAGACACACUGCUGAAGGUGCGUGCAUCUGUAGGAGAGCAAUACUGCAAGGAGGCUGAACGAGUGGGUUUGAACCUCAGUGCUGUGGAGGUCGAAGCUGCUUUCCGCCAGGCAUUUCGACAUCAUUCCAGCAGAUACCCAAACUAUGGCAUCAGUCAGGGCCUGGAUGGACGGACCUGGUGGAUGGGUGUGGUGCGGGACACUUUCUCCCAGUGCAGGGUGCAGGACCCCUCUCUUCUAAAUACAUUGUCUCACAACCUUUAUCAUAACUUCUGCAAUGCAGAGAACUGGGAGGUAUUUCCAGAUUCAAAGAAAAGCCUGGAGAGUUGCUCUUCUCUAGGACUGAAGCUGGGUGUGGUAUCAAACUUUGAUAGCCGCCUUGAAGACAUUUUACGUGUUUGUGGCCUCCUCUCUCACUUCAGCUUUUUGAUAACGUCAGAGGAAGCAGGUAUAGCAAAGCCGAGUCCAGCCAUCUUUGAUCAGGCACUGCAGAGAUGUGGAGUACCAGCUGCUAGUGUAGCUCACAUCGGGGACCACUACGUGAACGAUUACCUCGCCUCUCGCUCUGUGGGCAUCCACGGGUUCCUGUUAGACAGACACAACAAGCACAACAAACCUGACGUUCCAAGAGAGCAUCGGCUCAGCUCCCUGGAGGAGCUGCAGUCACGGCUUUAGCAGCACAUUGUCUAAUGCCAAACAGUCAUGGGCUCAAGUGCAAAGCUACUCAGUCUAAGUGUGGUUCAGUUAAGGAACUCAUUUAUAGGAUGGAGCCAUGCAGACCUGAGUGAGCUCUACCACUUUAGAGCUAAAAUUAAAUGCUCCUGACAGAAAUGAUAAUAAUAGAGGGGGGGGUGAUCAUGGGUUGUAAUAUAAAAACGGUAUGUACACUGUGUAAUUAUCAUGCACUUUUACUGUAAAUAAACUGGGAGGAAUAAAUAUAUAAAUAAUAAUAAAGAGUAUCUUAGA